GAGCCCCCUACGAAAGGUCACCUGUCCGAACUGUAACAGCCAGACCAGGUCACAAGUCCACAAGGGGAGGUUCUUGAACACUCUUCUGCAACAUUUUGUCUGUGUGAACCGGCAGCGAUGGACACAUGGUUGCUGUUGGCGGCUGUUUUUAGUACAGGGGUACUGGCAGGUCCAUUGCCUCAAACUGGUACUGGAAAUCAUGAGCCCAUAAGUCAACGUAAGGUUGAGGGUGAAGACCACUUCCCUAAUACUCCAAGCAACAGCUUCUCCAGCAGUUCAGCAAUACCAAAUGGGGCACAGUUUUCCAGAAAUUUUGUCCCUCAAGCCCUACAUGACUUCUCUCGCCAAAAUGGUGGUUUUGCUAGAAAUCUCAAUGAUAGAGGUUCCACUGAAGUUGUACAAGUAGUUCAUCCCUCUCUUGUUGAUGGGUUUAGUUCUCUAGAAGAGUUAGGUAUCAGUUCUCCAAACUUCCCAGCAGGCAGCAAUAAUAACUUCGGUGGUUUCAGAUCAAACGGUGGUGCAGGGUUUUCAAGAGCAGAAUCAGGGGUCAAUAAUCGUUUUGGUUUCAGUAAUGGUGGUAAUCAUCCCUUCAACAUUCAAGGUUUCCCUCCUCCAAACUUUGGAAAUGGAGGCUUCAGAACACCUGCUAUUGAAGGCCAUGGCUUCAGGGGACUGCCAGUUCAUGCAAGAACAUCAGGAUUUGCAGAUCAAACUUUUGUACCCAAUAGUAACAAUUUUGUUAAUGGUGGAUUUCACAACCCUAGUUUUGGGCCUGGAUUUAACCCCACACCUUUUAUUGGGGGUCAUCCCUUUGCAAACAGCUUCUUUCCUUUUGGUCAAGGAGGUAUUCACUUUAACCCAAACUUCCCGCAGGGAAAUUUUGCUAAUGGAGGGUUCAUUCCACACCUGCCUCCUCAGAACACUAGAGUCAUUUUACAGUCAGUCCCAGUCGUAGUGGGUAUUUUGAAUGAAACCCAUGCACGUGUAACACCACAUAAUCAAGACUUCGGAAACAACCCUAACUUUGCUAGAUUUAGCCUGAACAGUGAAAGAAAAACUUCAGAAAUAAAACCAAACCACCAUGGUGAAGGUAUUAGAGCAAACUUGUCACCAGAAACAGAUGGCUUUGGACAUAGAGCACAUCAAGGUAGUUUAUUCAGCCAAAAUUCUGACCGAAAUUCUUUUCAAAGUGAACAAAAUAACAAUCCAAGUGGAAUACCAACGGGCACCUCAGUAUCCUUUAAUACAGCUGAACAGAACUUUGAGAAUGCACCAACUUUCCAGAAUGAGCUUCCUCCAGUUGCUGAAGCUCUAAUUGUUGCUCCAAAUAACGAUAGACCUAAUGAAAUUAACCGAGAAGGCUUACCGUCACAGGAAGAAAGCUCAAAGUCAAAUCUUAUCCAGUCUGAAGGAACAACGAAAUUUAUCCAUUCAGAUAAGGUAACAGGACUUACAACAAGUACGGAUGAUUCUACAAUCUUUGCAACAUCAAGUUCAUUUGGAUCAAAUACAGAUUUUGGAAACUUAUUUUCAUCAGAUUUUUCAUCGACUGCUGGAGCAGGACUGCCUGCUACUCCAGAAGAAAUUCCCAUUCAAGUAGGUCAGAGUACAUUACCAGUACCCAGUGCUCUAGCAAGUUUUGCAGCAAUUGGAACGCCACCAGCUGAGAAUUCACAUUUUCCAAUAGACACAGUUAAACCAUUCCAUGGAGAGUCAGUUCAACUCAGAACCAGUUCAUUAGCAGAAACCACUACACCACAAGAAAUAACAGCACUUCGUCCUUCUAGCCCAGCCUCCGAAACUAUAAACGUUACACCCAUUUCAACAUUUCCUGAGAAUAAUUUCAAUACGCCAGCUGACAUUGGUUCACUGAAUACAAGAUUGCACAGUGGAAUAUCCUCAGACGCUGAGCUUGCACUUCUACCAAGUGGUGAUAAUGUAAAUGCUCAUUCAGCAUCACAAGGAAUACUUACCGGAGGAACUGGAACAUCUGUUGCAAAAUUGAUGCAUGUUGGUGAUCAUGUGUCUGUUACACCAGGAAAUGAACAAGUAAAUUUAGAAUCUUUCAUUCAACUGAGUACAGGUCAAGGCAAAGCUAUCGGAACAUCUAUAGGAAAAAUGAUGCAGGUAGGUGAUCAUGUGUCUAUCUUACCAAAAAUUUCAAACUUGGCGUCACAAGUAUCUCCUGGGGCAUCGAGUGUAAUAUCUUCUACGACCGAUGAAUCACCAGUGGAAAAUGAAUUUAGAAAGGAAUGUGUUACAAAGUGUAGAUGUAGAUUUAGAACGAAAAACUGUGCCACACAAGCACUUGAAAUAUCAGGGCAAAGUCCAGUAGGAUCAUCAGCUCUAGAAACUCAUGAAGUGAGUACCCCAGCAGUUGCUAUUUCCCAUUCAAAAUUUAGUGCAUCUAAGCCAAGCAUUCCAUUUACAAUAACCCCUUCACCUGUUACUGCCAUACACUCUCCUUCUUUGAUGGCCUUGCAUCUAGCCAGCUGGAAUUUGACACAGUCAGUGAACAGACUAUCUCCAACCUUGACCACAUAGGUAGCACUGGAGUAUCAGCCACAAAUAUAGGGGUCUCUGGGAUUACUUCAGUAAAUGCAAAAAAAUUUAGCCCUCAUGCAAUCAUAAUAUUUCCACAGUCAGGAAGUGAAUCAGUUCUACCAAAUUUUCAACAGGAAGGAAUUACACCUGCCCCUUUCCCAGAUACUCUUAACAAACGCCUGGGCGGGGCUGCCAUUGAUAUAGCAAAUUUAGCUAUUGCAGAUGAAAAUAUAAAAAACACACAAGUAACCCUUACACAAUCACCCGUUGAACAGACAACAAACACUGCAAUUCAGAUAGGAGAAAGCGUCCAUUCUAGCCAGUUACAACCAGAGAACGGAAUUCAAGUGACAAGCCGGGGUAUUAGUAGUCCAGUAGGACAAGUGACAACACAGGCACCUAUUAUAGCAUCUGCUCCAUUACAAGGACAAGAGACACUUAGCAGUUUUGGCACAUCUACGUCUGCUGAGCCGUUUGUCACUAGAACCGAUGGUGAAAUUUCAGGUUUGAAUGCUGCCGGUGUACUGACGGAUCCAAACUUUGUUCUCACUAUUCCACUGUCUUUGCUUUCACAAACUGCAAGAAGCCCUGCAGAGAAUGUAAAUGCUGCAAUCGGUACACAAGCAGCAAGAGUGGCAGAUCCAACAGCAAAUAUAUUAAACACCUUUUCUUUCACAACUGAUCCCCAAGAAGUUCUCAAAAUACUGAAUGCUCAGUCCCGUGGUUUGGGAAGUAGCAGUGGAUUUAGCCAGACUUUUGGACUGAAUAGUGACACCCCAGGAAACAGUAGCCAACAGCCGCAAAUAGCCACAAUUGAACAAGAGCCCCAAGCACCUGGUCAGUCAGAAGUAGUACCAGCAGCAUCUCCUUCAGGAUCUUUGUCUUUUCGUCCAGAGACUCUAGCGAACGACAGUGGAGCUUCAGGUCAUGGAGUUCCUUUAAUCCCAAAACCUUUUCAAACACUAGGUGGAAUUCAAGAAGCAGAAGCCUCUAAUGACAAAAUCAGUCAAAACCAAUCGAAGUUAGGGAAUAAUCUGAAAAGAGAAUUACCACUUGCAUCAUAAAAGUUCUAUAUAAAGCAAACAACAGAAUUCACUAAUACUGCAGUUCGUAAAUUAUUGUCAAUAUAAAUAUUUAAUAUCACGGACAAGAAGUGAAUGAGAAUGCAUCCUUAAGAAUAUUAAUUAUUUGCGUCUUUACCUUUGUACUACAUCACCUAACCAUCCAACUACCGUGUAAGUUUGUUUGUACUUUUAUAUAUAAUAAAAUUUAAACAAACGCU